AUGAGCCGCACCGACGAGGCCCUACGGCCUUCUCGAACCGUUCGAGGUGACAAUCCCGAAGAUACGAAAGAACAACAGUCCUACACCAGCGGAUCUGCAUCUAACCUUGGUCCUCCCGUUCGCGGCGAUACUCCACCAGCGCGAGCCAACCGACCACCCCCUUCCAAAGUCCUCAGCCGGGAAGAGACAUUGCGCCUAGCUAGAUGUGCCGUUGAAAAUGGCCUGCAGGAAACAAAAAGGUCUCUGGCGGGUAGCGAAGCGGUGGGCGAUGCGGUUCGCCCAAAGUUAACAAUUGAUCUUGGACACAAAAGCAUUUCUUGGGUGCCUGAUGAGAUCGUAGAUAUUAUCAAGGACGAAGUUGCUAGGUUAUCCUUGUCCAACAAUUAUAUAGAUCGCAUACCCUCCCGAUUCCAAGAAUGUGUUCACCUACGAUACCUCAAUAUUCGAGCGAAUGGCUUUACAGAAUUUCCAAAAGGAGUAUUCAGCCUCUCCUUCCUCGAGAUUCUCGAUUUGAGCCGGAAUAAAAUUGCCACAAUUCCAGGGGAAAUUCGGAACCUCACAUCCUUGCGAGUUUUUUCGGUUAUGCAGAAUGUCCUAGAAGAUCUUCCUAUCGAGCUAUCCGAAAUGAGCAAACUACAAGUGCUGAAAGUGUCUGGAAAUUGCUUAACUCAACCUUUAAAGCGGAUUUUAGAAUUGAAAGAAAUGGAGAUAGCAAUGACUGAAAUGACAGAUGCUGAAAAAGAAAGUGCAUUAACUGCAGAACUAAAGAGAUAUCUAAAAAGCAGACAGCCAGUUAUUGAUAUUGAGAGUAUAUCGGAUACACAUAUAAUGGACACCCCGAAGCCACCUAGGAGAGGCAACGCCCGAUUCCCGGUCAUUCCACGUAGUAAUGGGACGAGCUCGUCUCAAGACUCGAAGUCUCCUUCAUAUACCAGACCACCACCCAUUCCGAUUCGCUCCCACCACCGAAUCACAUCGAGUCAAAACAAUUUCGCCCAUAAUAGCAUAACUCGGUUCAGAUUUCCUUCCGCUAGUGAACGAAAUCGAAGUAACAGCGAAGGAGUAAUUCAAGGCGCAGCCUCUUUACACAACAAACGGCUAGGCUUGCUUCAUCGAAUGAACGAUCUGGGCACUCUCGAUGAGGUUCGACCCUAUCGUAAUAGUCAUUUGCGCGGAUUAAGUCACGGCUCACUUCUUCGAAAUCAACAUAGCGCCAACUCAAGCAGCAGCAAUGACUCCAGCCCAAAUAGCCCAAAGGGUCGAAAGAAGUCAUGCGACGGAUUCGUUCGUCGCAUGUCGAGCUUACCAGAACACAAAGUAUCAACGACAAUAAAAAUUCCCGUGAUUGAGGCGGCAAAAACUCUACUAUUUGCGUUAUACCAGGUGCAUCCGCAUAUAUCCUCGGUAAUAAAUGUUAUCAGAGGUGAGGAAUGCGGAAAGGCAAGACUUGAAAUUGUCUUCUACAAUGCAUCCACACAUCUUGAACAGCUGAAUGAGGCGCUCGAAAUGACGAAAGAGGCAAACUUGCAGGAUCCAGAUACCGCCAAACGAAUGUCGGAUGCCGUAAGGCAUGAAUGUGAAACCUGUAUCAAUGCCUAUGUCCAUGUUGCUACGCAAUUUAGGCAUAGUCUCGCGAAAAUCGUGUCCCUUGUUGAUCAGAGAUAUGUCAGGUCGUUACUUCUUAUGAUAUACGGUAGCGUUACGGAACUGCGCAAUGUUUACGUCAAUUUGGGCAUCAAUCCGAAUGAAAAGACUCAGCCCAACGUUACCAAAGAGUCUCUGUCCGAUACAGCUAAGAAGGUACCUCCAAAUAAGACUUCCGACCAAUCCCUUACUCCUCCAGCCCGAGAGCGCCCUCUGCCGGUGAGGCGACUCAGAAGUGAAACGACUGUUCAAGCUCAGAUGCCUACAUCUAUUCCUCUCAAUCUGCCAACCCCCAGUGCUCCCAAUGGUGCUCCUAACCCCCCAAGCCAAGCCUGGCGCUCGAACUCCAGCAUCGGCACACGAAGCCGGUCCAGCAGCCGGUCCAAUACCCUCUUGACGUCAUCCGGACCAUCGUCGCUUGCUAAUACCCCUCGGUCUGGCGAAUCAUUUAGCACUGCUUCCACCUCUACUGCCAACCGCAUUAAUCCAAUGACCGGGCUAGAUGAAUAUGAAGAAGAGCGGAUUUUUGAAAAGAUUUUCGUUCAACUCACCGCUGCUUAUCGGUCCGUAUUGCAAGCAGUUCCAGUCGUUGCCAAUCAAUUUUCGCAAUGUCUUGAAUUAGCAGAGACGACAAAAGCUCCGCAGCCCAUACAUUCUCUGCUAAGUAAACUCAUUACUCGCUGUCGUACUUGCACCAAUGUCUCAGAAGCACUGCAAGCACGUCUUUCCACAAUGAAGUUAAAGGAGCCUAAUGGUGGAAUGCGAAACCAGCGAGAAUUUUGGCAGUUAUGCAAGACGUUUUUACAGUCUUUUGUUGAACUAGUGAUUGAUAUGCGCGAAGCUAAAAACUUGCGCCUACUACCUCCUGAUAUCGUCGCCAUUUUAAGGCCGGUUCAGAAGGCUAGCAGAGAAGCAGGCAGGCUAAUAGACACUUCUCCAUGGUCAUAUCUUGCGGAAUUGAACACGUCGAAUCCGUCAUCCAUCUUCCCACAAUCCUCGCAAUCUCAUCACCCACAGGCCCCUUCUCAUUCCACUAACGGCUCUACAACAACGACGGCCUCAAUCGCUCUGACUGCCGGGUCCUCACCGCAAUCUAUCACGAUGCCAGCAACACCUCUAAGUGCUGCUUUGGGCCCGGCAGCACAGGCGACUGUUCCUGCUGUUCCCGUGAGCGCAUGCAGUGAUCGAUUUUUUGCAGGGAAUUUAUACGAAAGAGCAGACUCAUUGCUCUCCAUGUCAGGGCCAGCACCAUUAUUCAUUCGUCGAUAG